AUGGACUACGAGAGAGCUAACAGCACACCUUCAAAAGAUGACUCUUCUCGCGAAGAGUUCACGGCCAUCCCCACGGAUACAUCAACCAGCAAAGAUGACGUGUCCACAAAGGUCCAAACGCUGGCUACGGAUAUUUAUCGAGAGCUGGAGAAACUAAUUGGAGUAUAUGGGAACAAGUUCUUGCAGAAUUUGAUGCCUUUGGUGGUUUCAGCCCUGGAGAGCCUUGAUGCGGUUCACUCUGAGAAUCAAGAUUUGACGUUGAAAUUGGCACUCGUCAAACAAGACCAAAAGCACUUACUUAGUGAAUAUGAACGGGAGAAGAGUUCCCGAAAAGUAGCUGAGUCGAGGGUGUUGCGGCUCGAAGAUGAAUGCGAAGAAGAGAAGAAAACCCACCACGCCAAACAAGCAGAACUGGAGGCGAACGCAAAAGUGUUGGCUCAGAAAGUUAAAAGCCUUUCGGAUCAAUUGGUUCGUCUCGAGGAACGGGACUGUGAGCUAACACGCGACUACCAGUGUCUGCACGACAGGUACACUGGGCUCAUGCGGUCGUACGUUGAGUACGCUCAGCGCGUUCGGAACAAUUCAAACACCAACCGAGUUGUGCCACAUUCACUCGCCACGGACACCUUCAUGCCAGCACGACCUGAUCCUGUCAGCCUAAACUGCCUGGUCUCGCAUCCUGCUAACACGAGCUCACCACCCCCUUGUCAUCCAGCGGAUUCUUGUGACACAUAUUUUGAUGUUGCAGCCGAACGUCAAAGAAUAAUGAAAAGCAUUUUAGAAACGACCCCGGAGCUUUAUGAUUCUGGUGGAGAUCAGCAUUUUGCAGAGCCAUCGUUUGACGAGCUGUCACAAGGUGACUUUCUCAGUGAAGACGGGCAUGACGUGAAAAGUUUUGAUGGCUCUAUUUGUACACCGCAGCAUAACUUGGGCGAUUCGGCAAGCUUGAGUAUGUUCAGUGGUGUGACGCGCGAAGUGAACAACUUGAUUAAAGAAAACCAGGAUCUUGUUCAAACUAAGAACGCUUUGAACGUGGUCACGAACGACUUGAUCGGUCGUAUUGAUGAGUUAACAUGUGAGAAUGUACGGCUUUCUUCGGAACGAAAUGCGCUCAUCACAAGCAGCACUGGAAUGUUGACACGCAUAAAGGAUCUAGAACAGGAAUGCCGUCGACUCAGACAGGAGUUGGAGAACAGCGAGUUCCGGGACUCUGUCUAUGCAAACUCUCAGCAAGGUGUGGACUCCUCUGAUGAGGACUUUGAGGAAUCGCUGGCUUCGCGUAAGCGGUUUUCGCGGAGGGAAAUGUCUCAUGUUCUGUUGGAGCGCAACUACUACAAGGAACAACUUUUAGAGUUGCAAGAUACCGUACGAUGGACAGAAAUGUUACGCGCAGAACAACGGAAUCGGGCGGAAACCCUGCGAUUUCGGAGACGUAGUCGUAUAUGGGACAUAUUCGCCAAGUUAUUCACUCCUUCCAAGCGUCGUGAUAGUGACGGUCCUUGGACAACUGAGCAACGAACGCCGUCUGCAUUCCCAGCGGAAUCGGCCACCGGUGUUGGACAGACCUUUGCCUACAGACCCACUCACGGCUGCACCACCGGUCCAAAAGGGGCUGUACCACUGACGUUUUCUGACACCAGGAUAACACCAACAAUUCAGAAGCGUUUCUCUCUGGAUCUGGAUUCAACACGCGAACGUUCCAUCCAUUCAAAUGAUUGGAUUACUGUUCGACAACCCCAUAUCACCGAAUGCUUGGAGUAUCACGGCUUGCGGGCUCAUCAACCCUCUGUCUGUUACAUCCGUCCUGUCUGUGAGAAUAUUGCUGGCUUCAAGGUAUUUUGUGCGACUGGUGUCUUCUUAGACAGUACUCGAUGUUCCACAGAUGGAUCAGUGCCCUUGAACUAUCUCUUCAACCGACCCAAGUUGGUGAGAACGAAUACUGGACAAACCUCGUGCGAUGGCGCUGUGGUGGCUAAUGCUUGCCAGAUCACCUCAGCUGAUAGCAAUUCAAAUCUGGGCACUUCAGCUGCGCAUCCGAUGGACCUAAAACCGCGGUUAAGCAACGCAACAUCACAUUUGGGUUCAAUGUCAAACCUGAUCUGGGUUUGCUCAGUGCCUGUUGGAGUCCCACAUUCUGGGCCAUCUGGUAACUCCGAAGGCGGGCCCAAUUCAAAUAUCCAUAGCCUACUUACUAUCGUGGACGUUAAUAAUCCCAAGCAGAAUGUGGACUCGUUUGCGAUCACGGUUUCAACGGUUCUUUGUAUGACGGCCAUUCCAAGCUCUGAUCCUGAAACUCAGAUGCACUUACAAGAUAUAAAUCAACAUUGGCUUUCUGUUCCUUUGGAUCUAUCGGAGGAGUUGCUGUCAAUGGGGCGGCGAAUGACUGCAGUGCACCAUUCACACGAAAGUCAGGUACACUCAACCGUACCUACCUAUCCUGCGUUAUCUCAAAGUGUUUGUUGGUCCACAUCUUCCUAUUCCAUCUCCACGUCACAUAGGUAUUCAAGUAUAAUCGAAACCAGUGGAUCUGAGCGGAAUGUUACCUCGUCUUCGUCGAAUUCACAUGCAGGUGACUCACAACAGGUUGAACCUAUUAUGUCCUAUUCCGUGGAACGGAGACGCUUUGCGGUACGAACCAUACAAACUGAUUGCUGUGAAUCCGGAACACUUAGACCGUUGUUUUCGUCUGCGGGCCAAGGCCCCACAUCAACACAUCCUGACACCUCUAUGGUCACUUGUGAGCUUCCCUCAUCCACUGUCACAUUUGCCUCGGAUCCGUCUCCGAAUUGCUCAAACAUGCCUACUAGCGCGCAACCCACAGUGUGGAUUGGAUGCUACAAUGGGGACGUGUUUGUUCAUUCAGCCGUGACACACUGGCGGCGUUCUAUGCAUGCUGUUCAUCUUCCCGAUGCUGUCACUCAGAUUUGUCACUUCAAAGGGUACGCGUUCAUCAGCUUAGCCAACGGACAGAUUGUGGUAUUUCGACGUCGUCUCCGCUCCCCUCACCCUUCACUCAUUUCUUCCGUACAUUCUGUUCGAGCUUUGGUCUCAUCCUCCAACCUACCAGACGAAGGCCCACCACCUUCCAUGGGUUCGCCAACAACCUCAACCAGUCGGUUACAGAUGUCAAAUUCUAUCUGUUCUGCAAAUGCUUUCGAUUGGUUUGCCGGCACGUGGGACUUCACUGAGGCCUGUGUCAUUACGUGUGGUCAUGUUCGUUCUACCGGUCGACGAAUGGUUUUAGUGUCAUGUGGUGCUGCCUCCGUCUGGAUUGCCUCUCGCAGCCGAAUCACGGUUAUCAAUGCGACCACUCUACAGGCUAUUAAUGGUUUUGAACUUCCGUCCCCUCGAGGUGCCCAGGUUCACCUCAUGGAUUCAGGUGGUGGUGCUGUGUGGAUCGGUAUGCGCCCUGACGCUGUCCUCUAUUCCUAUGAUGCCGUGACACAGCAGCUUCUACAAACUGUGGAGUUUGGGACAAUACUCCUAAAGCAAUUUCCUGAUCUCAAACGCCACGGAUGUUCAGGCUGUCGUAAAGGAAAAUGCUCCCACCUCUCCGUCACAGCCAUGAUGGUUUCAGACGUGGGUCUAUGGCUGGGAACCAGUAACGGAAUUGUGGCCAACGCUCCCUGGGACAAGCAGAAACAUGAUGUCCCGAGCAACCAUUCAAGUACAACGGGGCCUACUUCAUCUGGAUCCGUUUCUGUGGGUACUAUCCUCGUCUCCAAACUUCAGGUCAGUCGGCACAAGCACGAUGGUGCUGUGCGCUUUUUUACCGCUGUUGAAGGGGGCGACCCCGACCUGAACAGUCAGGAUUGUGCGGUCAACAACUCUGAACAGCCUAUUGAUCAAAUCGCCCCACCUUUGAGAAAGUCAACCUCCUGGUCCCCCUUGCCACUUUCUCCUAACAACCAGCCCCAGAAGAGGCUCGUUCUUUCAGGUGGCCGAGGCUAUGCCUGUGUAGACGAUCGACCUAGUUCCGAGCCGCGGUCGUCGGAGGACGGGGGAUACCUAAUUGUGUGGGAUGCUACAGCUCGAUAGCGCUUUCAGUGCCACUGUGGACUGACAGCAGUCUGCACAUCCAGGCGUGCAUUUCCAAAAUGCUCUCGAAUUCACCGCUUUUACCGUACCAUGCUCCAUCUCUUUUCCACUCGUCGAUAACUACAUCUUGGACCGUACUGCAUCAAUAGCACCAAUGAGUAACCCUCGUAACAUGAGGCACCUCCAGGCAGAGGUCAGUUAUCUCCAUCCAAUUAGUCUUUCAUUCCUCAAUUCAUUUUUUCAUGGCUUGUCUGAUCCGCACCGAAUUUCCCCUCACAGUUAAACCUCCAUCCGUAUUUGUAUGUUUUCGGGUUGUGCCUCAUUUGGUCUAUCGUCAGACAACCUUCCUGUUCCCUCCACAUCCAUCCCGUCCUGCUAUUGACUCAUCCGAUCAUCUCAUAUUUUGUUGACCUUUUGUCAUUUCAUUAAAAAAACACUUUUGUACAUUAUAGGCUUCUGAAACACCUCAGUUCUUUGCACUCAAAUGACGUCUUCCCAAAUUCUGUUAAUCAUGCGCCCUGUUGGUGACUUAUUAUUUCCGAUGUGCCUCAUUACAACUCCCA